AAAAGCCUACCUCGCACAUAUAGACUUGUAGUUUCUCCCACACCACUGCUCACUUCAUCCUCUUCCACUGCUCCAUCCACCUCCCUCCCCCCACCAAACCACUGUUGAAAGAACCAAGAUCCGGUGGCCGAAGGUUGGGACGGCGACUACAACGGCAGAGCCGGCGCCGAUAGUUGCGACGACACAUGACCAUGGAACCACCGGAUCCACCGCGGAAAAGGACACUGCCAUGUGAGGAAGGUGAUGGCAGCGGAAAGAACAAAAAAGCUAGAUCCAGCACACGAGGCGGCGAAUCCGAUGAAGGCGACGGCUCACAAGGCCAUCGCACUGCUCCCGGCGCAGCUGCUCCAUUGGUGAGUGCUUGCUUUCAUGGUGAAAAGUCAUCGCCCAGCUCCUAUCGAGCCAGUGAUGUUUCGGUUUUGUUUCUUUUCUUGAUUCCAAUGCGGCUAUACGACUUGGUGCGAUUGAUAAAUCCAGAUGGAUGCGAAUCUCUGAAAAUGCAUUUUUUAGGGCGUGGCUUCCGAAGACAGUGAGAUGCCGCCAUAUGCCAAGCGAAAAAGAAAGCGAGUUCUAGCCAACGAUUGCAGCGGAGGGGGGCCGAGCAUGCGUAGAUCUCGCCGUACACUAGUUCUUGUGCCCGAAUACCUUGCUGUUGCAGGUCAGGUCGUCCCAGCUCAACCCCCGAGUCUCCUAGCAGAGUCUGCCGUAUUACGUGGUAGGGUGGUGAAAUGUACUUGGAGCUGUCAUCAAAUCCUCCAUCUAGGAUUAAGAUCCUACGGAUUGGUGGAUAGAACUGGCAUGGCGAGUUUGUUAACAGCUGCAUGGACUGGUGAGGCCGAUAGGAGGUUUUAUGCUUGGCUGCUUAGUAGAUUUAGUUGGGAAGACAUGAGAUUCACGUUCCCUGACGGGGAAUAUAGAUAUUUCAGCCCCCGAUCCAUCGUUAGGACUUUGGGUCUGAAAAACAGUGGGCGCCAAGUGAGUAUGGUAAAAUUACCCGCAAAACAUAGGCAGAAUUUAACCCUGCGCAUCAGAACCAUACUAGGGAUCGAGACUAGAAGUCACGCCAGGGACGGUGGGUUAACAAUCGGAGCUGUGCAUGAUGCCAUCACACGAAUGAUGGCUUCAGGAAUUGGCAACUACCACCCCAGGGCCUUUGAGAUGGCCUACUCCCUCUUAGCAGCUGGUACAUGUGUUGGCCCCAAGCAAUCAUACUCGUCGAUCCCCUAGGAGAUGUUUGCCUGUGUCCUUUGUAACGGUGGAACUGGUGAGUAUGAUCUCGCCGAGUGGGCAUUUGAAAUCAUCAGAGCAGCUGUAAAGAAAUUGCAAAAAGAUUUGGAGGCUGGGGUGAGAACACUAAUAGUAGGCGGCAGCCAUUUGGCACUCAUUCCGUGGUUCCUCGAUUGGAUUGAUUUUGGAGCAAAUAAUGUCGAGCCGCACACUGUCCCCCGCAUCAGUGUUUACACGGGGCAGAUAUGCAGGAGGCUAAUCUACCUUAUAAGGGAGUAUCCAAAUAUAUUCACUACAAAGCCUUAUGAUGCGUUCAACCCGCUCGAUGAUGUUUGGCACGGUGUAGUCGGAGAGUAUGGUGGAUUCCUACAACAACCAGAAUAAGUAGCUGCGCUCCGAUCAGCUCUGGAACUCAUUGCUGCCAGCCAACAGGAUGCAAUGGUGUCCGUCCAAGAGCAAAGGGGACAGGAGCCAGAUUAUGACUCCGGAAAAAUUACUGCCAUCCAGGAGCAUAGCAUGUUGUCUGAGCAAAGGCAAGGGGGGCAGGGGCCAGCUUGCGACUACGGAAGAAAUGGUAAUGAUAAGAAACUAUCAGCUGCAAAAGGAAAGUGGGCAGCGGAUGAUAGCUCAGACUCAUCGAGCAGCGACAGUGACGACGAACCGGUCGAUCCAAGUGUUCGUCUGGCUAGGAGACUAGAAGAAGCUGAUAGAAGAGGUUUGCAUUGCAUCGUCUACCAAAACGUCCUCCCCACAUGAAAAAAACAUAAUGACAGUUUAAUAAAAAAAUUGCUUGGGGCACCACUGAUGUUCUCCCUGUGAUUCUCAAAAGCUUGCUUGGUGUUCUCUGUCCAGACGAAAGGAACGCCUUUCUUCAAGAGGUUGAACAGGGGCCGUGCAGUAAUCCCAAACCCCCGAACAAAUCUGCGGUAGUAUCCGGCGAGUCCCAAGAAUCGGCGCACUUCCUUGGCGUCGACUGGUGUCGGCCACGCCUCUACCGCUCGGAUUUUUGUUGGGUCCGUGGCCACUCCUUGGCUGCUGAUGACGUGCCCCAGAUACGAUAGCUGCUGCUGGCCAAACUCGCACUUGGACCUCUUCACCAUCCAUUGAUCACGACGCAGGAGCUCAAGGACCUGCCUCAAAUGUGCCAAAUGGUCUGUCCAGGUCUUGCUAAAUACCAGAAUAUCGUCAAAGAAGAGCAGCACACAGUGUCGCGGGAGAGGGUGCAUUGUCUCUGUGAUCGCUCCGUUGAAUGUGCCUGGUCCCCCUGCCAGUCCGAAUGAGAGGACCUUGAACUCGUACUGUCCUGAGUGCGUAUGGAAUGCGGUUUUGAAUUCCUCCCCCUCUGCUAAACGGAUCUGAUGAUAGCCCGCUCUUAAGUCCAACUUCGAGAACCAGACUGCGCCGUGCAAUUCAUCAAGCAGCUCUUCAAUGAUUGGCACCGGAAAUUUACUGACACGUGUCAUGGCAUUAAGAUGCCUGUAAUCCACGCACAAUCGCCAGGUCCCGUCUUUUUUCUUGACCAAAAUGACCGGUGACGAGAAUGUACUGUGGCUGCGUUGAAUCACCCAAGGUUGUAAU